AAGUAAAACUGGUUAAGCUUGUUAGCUAAGACUAGAGUCAAGUUAAGCUCAUACUGUAAGUAGAAAGAACUUGAGAGCAGUCUGAGAGUGGAACCGAGGGUAAAGAAAAAUAUAAGUAUUAGUUUAAAAAAAUAGUAAAAAUUGGUACAUAAAGGGUUAAAGUUUUUUCUACUGCCGGAUGACAUCAGUAUACCACUUCAGCCCUUCGGAAUAAUAAGGAAGUACUUACUAUUCAGAAGAAGGAACAAAGUCUGUCUACCGGCUAAUUGUCACCAUGUCUGAUAUUAAAGACUGUUCCAACACAAAACUGGAGGUAAACUUUUCUGGAAAGAGGCUGAAAUCACUUCCUCAAGAUCUGCUUCAGAAAGGCCAGGAUGUGGACAAGGCAGACCUGCAGAAGAACAGACUUAAGGAAGUGACUGGCAUCGCUUGCUUGUCAAACCUGACAGAGCUCAAUCUGUGCCGUAAUGAGCUUAUUCAGGUUCCUACGGAGAUUAGUAAGCUACAGCAGCUGGUCAGACUGUACCUGAAUCAGAACAAAAUCAAGAGCAUACCUGAAAACAUAUUCCCUUUUUUGAAGAAACUGGAGUUUCUAAAGAUAAGCACGAACAAGCUUAGCCAUUUACCAUCAGACAUAAACAAGUGUGAAAACCUCAAUUUUCUAAACUUGUCCAACAACUGUCUGUUGGAUGUGCAGCCUCUUGUGGGUCUUGAUCGGCUACGAGAGCUCUACAUGGAGAACAACCGUCUGACAGAACUCCCACAGGCUCUCUUUCAGUGCUUGGAAAAAUUCAAAGUAAAGAACAACCCACUUAGAAAGCCUCCUGAAGCAAUUUGUCUUGGUGGUUUGAAGGACAUUAAACGUUACUUUAAGAUGUUAGAAGCAAGUUCAUUCACUUCCCGCACCAUCAAAACAAUGUUCCUGGGGUGUUCAAUGGCUGGGAAAUCGACUGUGUGUCGCAGUCUGGCGCAUGGACAACCUGUAAUGGUGGCUGAGGAUGAUCGCACUGAGGGUAUAGAAAUCCAAAAAUUCCUCAAUGCAAAUGGAGUUCGCUUCCUCUUUUGGGACUUUGCAGGACAAGAGGAAUACUACUUCACUCACCAUGUCUUCAUAACGGCCCAGGCCUUUGUCAUUCUUGCUGUUGAUCUUUCCAAGUAUACGCCUGAGUCUUUCAGAGAGAAAGUGGGCUUCUGGAUUAACAAUAUACAACUCAAGGUCCCAAAUGCAGUGGUCUUGUUAUUGGGCACUCAUGUUGACUGCUGCUCUGAUGAGAAGGAGGUGCAGGACCAGAAGAGAGAUAUUGAGGAGCGUGUAAAGCAGAUGCUGUUAGAACAAAAAGACAGCUUAGAGCAGCAAAGAAAGAACCUUGAGGUUUUAGAGGAUCCUUCGCUGUACUCCGAUCAGAUUAAUGCAAUUGAACAACUUGAAGAAUGCAAAUUGCAGGUCCUUGAUCUUAUAGCCAUUGACUGCACAAAACCUGAGGACAUUAAACGUUUACUAGACUCUAUCAACAGAGUGAUCCUAAAUACAGAAAUUUUUCCUUUUAUGGAACAAACACUACCUCAAUGCUACAUGGAUGUGGAAGAUGCUAUUGAGAAAGACUUGGAGAGUGGCAACAUUCCUCAACAUGGAAUAGUGACUCACGAGGACAUCCUGACCCACCUAAACAGCCAGAAUGAAUUGGACUAUGUUCUUCAGUAUCUCCACAGAAGCGGAAUUAUUAUAUGGUACAAAGACGUCACCGAAUUGAGUAACAUAGUGUUUGUGAAUCCAUCAUUCCUUAUCUCGUUGUUCAAGGCCGUUGUUAGACAUAAUUUGGUCAGUGUGCUGAGAGAGAUUCCCAGGAGAGAUCUGACUAGGGAAAACUCUCUCGAGAAGCACAGAGAAAAAUGGAUUAAUGACUUUCAGAACAGAGCAACCCUGAGCAAUGUGGCGAUACGACUUUUGGUGCGUGCAGAACUCAAGCGGUCAGGUGUUGAUGAUGAAGAGCUGAUUGAGGAGAUAGUUGGGACCAAGAAGAAGGCUGGGAAGCUUAUCAAGCUGCUGGAGCACUUUGAUGUUUGUCUACCAGCUAAACAAAGUGGUCAACUCAACCCCACGGCCCCAGAGUUUUGUCCGAACAAAAAAUGGGAGCCAUCAAGCCCUCAGGUGUAUGAAUCAAAUGGAACCUGUCUAUUCCCGAGCUUCCUUAAGAGUGACAAGGAUGUUAUAGAGAUGUGGGGACAGGACAACCUGGAAGACAUCACUGUCCAAGUUUACUUCCUUCCUGAGAUACCUCAUGGAUUCUUCCAUAGGCUGGUCAUCAGGAUAUGCUCGAUUUACUCCAUCAACUGGAUUGGAAAACAUCAGUGUCUCUUUACCUGUGGAAACAGACGACUCCUGAUCAGAGAGUGGAGAGCUGAUACUGGAGAUCAGUUCAUUGAAAUCCGAGGCAAAAACAGUGACAUGAACACUUCAGCAGAUAUCCAAAAUGCAUGGGACAUGAUAAAGGUGAUGAUGAAACGGCUGUAUGAACUCACGCAGCAGUGGAGAGGCCUGUGCCAGUACGUGCACAGCCCGUGUAAACACAUGGACUGCAGGGCUUACUUUGAGUGGUCAGACUGGCAAGAAUGGAUUUAUCCUAACACAUGCGAAAAAUUCAAUAUGGCUCCAGAGGACAAAAUCACUUGUUCCAAAGGACACACUCGCAGAACUGAACUGUUGUUUCCUGUUAGCGGCGCACGUCUGAAGAUCUGAUACCUGACAAUUGCCACCUGCCUUAAACUUGAUUGCUGUCACUUUAUUCUGGGGAAAAAAUAUAAUAAUAAUAAGUGCAAUUAAAGCAGUUUUAUUAUAUAUAUCAUAGGUUUCAAGAAUGUUAUCGUUAUAGGGAAGCCUGUGUAACUUGUGUACUUACUUUGUGGGAUUGAAGACGCUUUGAAACAUUUCCUAAUAGAAUGUCCAGUCCACUAGGGGGUGCUGUUUACUUUAUUAAAGUUUAUGGUCUUCACAUGUUUCUCCUUUUGGAAUUGGGUCUACCUAUAUUUAUUUAACGAAGAAGAAAGAAUAAUUCAACUGUGUGUGUUUAAAUAUGUUUUGAAGGGCAAUUUAUUUUGAUGUGUUUUGUUGAAUCAUUGCUGUGUCCCAAAAUUAAAAUGCAGCAAACAUUGAUAUUAGUUCCAUGUAUUAAGUUGCCUUAUUUUGACCUGCGAAAACUUUAAAGGGCUGCUUAGACAUGAGUCACGCUAUCACUUGUUUUUGCCACAACUGUACAUAUUUAGCUGAAAUCAGCUCAUCUAUAUAUAGUGCAAAAGUGUAUAGUGUAACAAUUUUGCAGGAUUCGAUCUUGGGUCAGUGGGUGGGUUCAACAUUUAAAUGAUUUUUAUUUUGGACUCCAUAAACUAGUGUAGACUAGAAGGAUAGUGCACAGCAAAAUUGUGACGCAGUACAGAAUAAUAAGGAAUUAUGGGACUGUCUUUAUGUUUGGUGGUCAUGAUUCGAUUCGAUUUUCAGUAUAUUUUGGAACAAUUUUUAAUAAAG